AUGACGGGCGCUUUGCUGGCCAUCAUUGGCAAUGGCAUCGUUGCUCUCUUGGACUUCGGUCAGCGCCUCAAGGGGUAUUUGGAGCAUCAACCUGGCUUCCUCGGUCAAAGCAUUCCGCUGGUGGUCCCCUUUGUUGGCGAUAUUCUCGUUGCCGGUAUGACCCAUUGUCGUAUUUCAAUCAUGUAUGAAUGGACUGUUCAGUCCAUGAACUUUGCGUGCAUCGGCCUAUGUGCUUCCGCAUCUGCAAUAGGACAACAUUUUUUUGAGUUCUUCGAAUAUUUCGAUCACCCGUCGUGGAUUGGAUUGCCCAGGCACGCUGUCAUAUCAGCCCAAGUUGUAGCCUCCACUUCCUGGAAAGACUACAUACUCGACUUCGGCUGGAGUGGUGAAGACAUUACCCUUUACAAGGGUUAG